CCCGAAACCAACAUGGCUGCUGCUGGCAGAAUGAGGACGUGGAGCUGUCCGGUCAGAGCAGUUUUUUAUCCACGGGUAGUCCUUUUUGUACUUUUCUUCAAUACCAUAAAUGCGGUUGCUGCAGCACCAGAGCCGGGCCUUUGGAAAAUCACUGUUGUAAAUACCUCAAGACCGCUGCUGUUAACGAAAUCCAUGUACAAAAACACUGAUAUUGAAUUGAAAGUUGUGUAUCCUGGCUGUCCUGAGACGGUGACUUUCACCAUUCACUGGUAUUUAAAAUACUACCACUGUCACAAUGAGUUCAAAAACAUUGAAGAAAUGUAUGACAGAACACCCCUGAGUCGUGGGGGGAGCCUGGAUCCAAACCCUCUCGGGAAAGGAGAGUUCAUUGAACACAAAUACCAGCCCAUACCAUGUAGCAGUGAUACGCGUGCCUUUCCAAUGCUAAAAAAAGCAAAGGCAGAUCCACGUCCUGUCAGUCCACCUGUGGAGGGUGAAGUGCUAGUAAGUGAUGAAAAUGAGACCCCAUGGAUCACUGAGGAAUAUGACAGCGGCAGCAACAACAGCAGUGUGAGUAUCACAGACAACGUCAUCGCCACCACUUGGAAGGAUGGGCCUUACCUGCUGGUUGUUAAGAUAGUGUCAAGUAAACAAGAUGCCAACUGGAAUUUAACAGUUGAUGUGGUGAUGAAAGGCAACCACGGCUACAUUUCUGUCACAGAUUACCCUCUCAUGAUUUUCUACAUGGUGAUGUGCAUAGUGUACAUCCUGUACGCCAUGCUGUGGUUUGUCUGGGCAGCCUGCUACUGGAAGGAUCUGCUGAGGAUCCAGUUCUGGAUAGCAGGGGUCAUAUUCCUGGGGAUGGUGGAGAAGGCUGUCUUCUGCGCCGAAUACGAAAACACCAAUACUUUUGGCUCUGCGUCUCCAGGCCUGCUGAUCUUUGCCGAGCUGGUCUCUGCCCUCAAGAGAACUUUGGCUCGAUUGCUCGUCAUCAUCGUCAGCCUUGGUUAUGGCAUUGUAAAGCCUCGACUGGGGACAGUAAUGCACAGAGUGGUGGGACUCGGUAUUCUAUACUUUGCUUUUGCUAGCAUUGAAGGAGUUCUGAGGAUCACUGGGGGUCGGGACAAUGGCCCAGUUCUCAUUACAGCAAUUGUUCUGGCUGUGUUUGAGUCCUGCUGCAUCUGGUUCAUAUUUGUCAGCCUGGCACAAACCAUCAAGACUCUGAAGCUGAGGAGAAACCCUGUCAAGUUGUCUCUCUACAGGCACUUUACGAACACAUUAAUAUUUGCCGUCAUUGCUUCUAUCAUUUUCAUGGGGUGGACAGCAAAAAAAUUUCGGCUAGCAGAUUGCCAGUCUGAUUGGAUCGAGCUGUGGGUGGAAGAUGCUUUCUGGAGAUUCUUGUUCUCUGUCAUUCUGUUGGUCAUAAUGUUUUUAUGGAGACCAUCUGCAAACAACCAAAGGUAUGCUUUCACACCUCUGAUCGAUGACUCGGACGAUGAGGAAAUUGAGGAAUUUAUUGCUUCUUCAAACAUUGCAGACGGCAUAAAAUUGAGAGCCUCUAAAAGUGAGACCAAUGGCACGGUGAAGCCUGCAGAAACAAACCCAGAUGAAGACUUGAAGUGGGUGGAGGAUAACAUUCCUAGCUCCCUUACUGAUGUAGCUCUGCCAGUCCUGCUCGACUCAGACGAGGAAAUCAUGACGACCAAGUAUGAGAUGUCAAAGCUGGAGUGAGGCGAAACAUUUCUAGCCAGCAGCUGACAUGGAGAGACAACACAGCAGCCGUCCCCGACUCCGCAGCAAGGUUUUCUUCAGGAUUUCCAGUCAGGUGGUGGUGGAGUGCCAUUUAACUUUUUUCAGGGGAUCCUCCCGAUAUGGCUGCUCCUUCACAGGGUGGUGCAGGCCACGGUUUAAGGGGACCUCUGCUUAUUUCCUCAACUUCUCAAGAAAAAGGAUUCUACCAGAGGAGAACUGGUGUCAGUUCACUGUUUCCUUGAUCUGAUCAGUUUUGAGCCUUUCUUUCCAAAGAGAAUGUUUUCGUUUUAUAUUAAGUGCUGUAUUUAUUUCUGUCAUAUUCAUGUGAAUUUAUUUUAUCAGCAAAUUAAGAACAGUUGGCCUCAUGCAUGACACACUCUUAUAUAUACAUUGAGUGUCUUUUUGAUACGGGAUAUUAACAUAAGACGCCUAUUUAUGAACAGAAAAAUUAUUUAAAGGGUUUUUUUCCCCACAAUAAUUAACACCAAGAAUGAUUUAUUUAAUUUUUUUUUGCAGCAAAGGGAGAAAGAAUUUGACUUCAGUGUGUUUAUUUAAUUUCAAACAGGAUCUUUCUAUAUCUAUCUAUAUAUAUGUAUAAAUGUGCGUUCCUAAAGCAUCAAAGCAAAAGUUAUGGAAUUCAGUGAACAGUAUGUAUUUUUCAUAUGAUUUUGACUGUCCGAAACACACUUUUCUUUUGUUACCAGCGUUCAAAAGAGAAAAAAAACAACAACACUGAAAUGAAAAUGCUAUGAUUUAUGAAUAGAACAUUUCCUCCUAUGCACUUUCAAGAUCAAAGUUGUGCCUACUCAUAGUUUCUUGUAUGAGGCCUAAUUCUGGUAUUCCAAUCAUCUCAGUAUUGGUGUGUGAAUGAGUGUGAGAGGGGCGAUGCGCAAAUGAUUUGUACAAUUUGAAUUUAAUGAAGUAGUCUAGUGUCUGGAUUUGUAGUCAGUGUAGGGAGUCUAUAAUGAAUCUACUGUAUGUGUGUGGAGGGGUGUCUUCUAAAAUAAGGAGCAAUAUACUGUAUGUUGAUGUGGAGUUUUACAAUUGUAUUAUUUAUUUGUUUAAAGUGUACUUAUAAGUUGUGUGUUAACCCUUGUUUACGCUAAGUGUGUUUACAAUGUGUGCUUCCAUUUUUAUGUUUAAUCAUUUGGACCCUGAACAAUCUCAAAAUGUAUCGAGCAAAACAUAUUAUUUCUUUGCAAUGUUUGCUUUCUUUGCUGAUAAAGUUAUUGUGUUGAUUUCACAGACACCUUAAUACCAUUCAUGUUCUUUCAAAAAAGUCUUAAUAUGCUAGUAUGUUUUUUCAUUAUUAUCAUUAAAAAUGGACGGCCUGGUGGUUUUUUUCAGUGUAGUCUUAAGUUGGGACACUGUUGUUGUCUUAAUGUGUGUUGACUUGAGUAAAUGCAGUGACAGUAUCUCGUCCGUCCAGGCCAGCUCACACUAUGACACACUAGAAAAGUUAUGUGGUUACCACAAGCACAAGUUGAUCACCUCUAGUGGUUUAUAUGGUCACUGUUAACAGUUCCAUCCAUUUUUUUCCUUCCUUUUUUCUGUUGGUUGGAAACCUGGAAUAAUUGUGCUUAUGAUGGCAAGCUGUCCUUAAGUUAUAUAAAACUGCAGACACCUGCAGUGGACCUUGGUUAUUUGUACAGAUGGGCUUUGGCUGAUUCCUGUUAUUUCAUAAUUCCACAGGUGGAGAGGUGUCUGGAUAAUAUGACUUGUCUUUUUUUUCUUUCUUUCAAGAGUGUCAUGAAGAACUAAGCUUGAACUUUUCAACAGUUUUCUUCUUUCUUCCGUCUCAAGAAAGCGUGU